UAUCUGAUCCUGGAGAGGCGCGAGCUCCGGGGGCGCAGAGGGUGCGGGGUCUCGCCUGGCAGCGCCCCGGUGCCAUCCGCAUCGCAGCCAGAUGGGCAGCGGCUUCCCUGCCUGCUCCAUGGGCCGGGAAUGGGGGGAUGCUGCGGUGAUCGCUGUAGGCUUGUGGCAGGGCUGUAAACACUAGUGUGUGGAGCAGUUUCUUUGGGCUUAUGAUUAUCGGAUGACUCUGGUGACUGUAGUUACAGCCUCCCUUCGUGCCAGGACAGCUACCCCAUAUCGCCUUUCCUAGGUCACUGUCAGGAGAGGGAGUAGCCAGCGAAGCAUCAGUUAUUUCUGCAAGAACAAUUUUAUCUGCGAUCGGUUGAGAAGGAUUGCGUGUCUGGAACAUCAAAGCCCCCACAAUGAAGCACUUCCUGAGAAUGUUUGUCCAGGUGUGCCUGUACUUCUACUGUAAAUGUUUGUGGCGCUGUCUGAAAUUUGUGGUGAGGAAAUUAACGGGAAGAUGUGAAUUACAAAGGAUCUGUUACAAUAUCAAGCCUGGGGCCAGCAGAACUAUGAAGAUAGAGACAUCACUGAGGGGUUCAAAAAAUAAGCUGCUGCAAACUUCAGUAAGUGUUCAUCCAGAUGCCAUUGAAAAAACUAUAGAUGACAUCAUGGAACUGAAAAAGAUUAAUCCAGAUAUAAAUCCACAGUUAGGAGUAUCUCUUCAGGCCUGUCUCCUACAGAUUGUAGGGUACAGAAAUCUGAUUGCAGAGGUUGAAAAGCUGCGCAGAGAGUCAUAUGAUUCAGAGAAUCCCCAACAUGAAGAGAUGCUUCUAAAGUUAUGGAAAUGUUUGAAGCCUGAUUGCCCACUGGAAGCUCGGAUUUCGAAGCAGUGGUGUGAAAUUGGUUUCCAAGGAGACGAUCCUAAAACAGAUUUUAGAGGGAUGGGCCUCCUGGGAUUAUAUAACCUGUUAUAUUUUGCCGAACGGGAUGCUGCAGUAGCUCAGCAAGUUCUUUCUGAUUCUCUUCAGCCGAAAUACAGGGAAGUCACUAAAGAGGAGCUAAGCCAAUUCAGCAAAGCUGAAUGGGAGAAGAAAAAGUUUGAUAAGGCAAUUGGCUACUCUUUUGCUAUUGUUGGCAUUAACAUAACUGACCUUGCAUACAACCUGCUUGUGAGUGGUGCGCUGAAGACCCAUUUCUACAAUGUUGCUCCAGAGGCUCCGACGUUAUCCCAUUUCCAACAGACUUUCUGCUAUUUGGUGCAUGAAUUCCAUAAAUUCUGGAUUCAAGAAGAUCCACUGGACAUAAUGGAGUUUAACCGUGUGCGAGAGAAAUUUCACAAGCGAAUUUUAAAACAGCUCCAGAAUCCAGACAUGGCUUUGUGCCCUCACUUUGCUGCCUCAGAAAGCUUAAUCAACAUGUAGUCAUUCACUUGAUUUGAUUUGAGAACACUGCCUCACUCUUCUCUUAGGUCACACUUUAGAUUAUCACUAACAUAUUGAAUGACCAUGGCGAUUGUAUGCAUGCCUUUUGGUGCAGUAUUCAUCUAUUUUUGUCAUAAACAUUAGAUCCCCUUACACGUCUCUUUCCAGGGGAUUUCUCAUUAAAUGGGUGCUCAUAUUGCGGCAUUAUGCAGUGUUACGUUCUGAAUUGAUGUCCAGGUAUCAAGAGUUUUCUAUUUUUUUAGACCUUUUUUCCCAUAAUUCGGCAUUGAAGAACUGUAUUUCUCUAGCUGUGUUUUGUAUAUGUGGAAUAAUUAUCUGAAUCUUGUAUUGUGAAAGCCUUUUAACUUAUUGAUCUGUUUUGUGAUAACUACUGACAUUUCAAGCAAAGUACAUGUUUGGACUUCAUCUAGAAGAUAAUGUAUGUAACUUUAAUCUAAUGCAGAAAAACACAUUAAAGACCAAUUUUUUCCAUGCA